CGUUACCUUCUUUUUUUUCCGCUUAGAUGCUUUGUGUGGAGAACUGAAGCAGAUUCAUUUUGGAUGUUUCAGAGGCGCCAAAAACCAUGAAUUCACCAUGCUUCGCUCUAUCACCUCCUCCGCCCGCAGGCUUGUACCUCAAAACUUAAUCCUUGCUUCUUUUACUACUUUGGCUCUCUCAGCUUCUACACAGAAAGAGACCAACUCACUUCUCUUCACACCCCAAGCCCUCAGUCCCAACAUCGACCAUUCCCCUUCUUCAAUCCAAUUGGAGAACCCAGUUAAUUACUACAAAUCAUCUCAGUCACAGCGCAAAACAUCUGUAUCCUUGCUCCCCUUUUCGGGUUCUUCUGAAUUAUAUGAAUCUUUGGCUAGUUGCUAUCGAGAUUCUGGUUCCUUAAAUGAUGCAAAGGAGUUUCAUUUGCAGAUAUUGAAAUAUGGGUUUGAUGAAGAUUUGUUCUUGUGCAAUACCCUUAUUGGUUUUUAUGUUAGAGCUGGCGAUCUGGGGUCAGCACGUAAGUUGUUUGCUGAAAUGCCUGAGAGAAACUCAGUUUCAUGGGCUUGCUUGAUCUCAGGGUAUACUCAAAAUGGCAUGUCCAAUGAAGCCUGUCGGCUUUUCAGACACAUGGUUUGUGCGGGCAUUUUACCCAACCAUUAUGCAUUUGGUAGUACUCUUCGAGCUUGUCAAGACCUGGAGUCAUGUGGGCUUGAAUUUGGAAUGCAAAUUCAUGGCUUGAUUUCAAAAUCUAGAUAUGUGUCUGAUGUGGUUGUGUGUAAUGUGCUUAUAUCUAUGUAUGGGAAUUGUUUGAAGUCCACUCAUUAUGCUCGCUUGGUUUUUGAUGAAAUACAGAUUAAAACUUCAAUAUCAUGGAACUCAAUCAUUUCUGUUUAUUCGCGAAGGGGUGAUGCAGCUUCUGCUUUUGAUCUCUUCUCUAGAAUGCAAAGGGAAGGUGUGGGAUUCAGUUUGAAACCUACUGAAUAUACUUUUGGGAGCUUAAUAACUGCUGCUUGCUCUUCUUGUGAUUUAGGUUUGUGUUUGCUUGAGCAAAUGCUCCCUAGGAUUACAAAAUCUGGAUUUCUUUUGGAUCUCUAUGUGGGUAGUGCUUUGGUAAGUGGGUUUGCAAGGUUUGGGCUAGUUGAUUAUGCUGGAAAAAUUUUUGAGAAGAUGAGUCAAAGAAAUGCAGUCUCUAUGAAUGGUUUGAUGAUAGGAUUGGUAAGGCAGAAAUGUGGUGAAGAAGCAGCUGAAGUUUUCACAGAGAUGAGAAACUUGGUUGAUAUAAAUCCUGACUCUUAUGUUAUUCUGUUAAGUGCUUUUGCUGAAUUUUCUGUAUUGGAACAGGGUAGGAGAAAGGGUAGAGAGAUCCAUGGGUAUGUUAUCCGAAAUGGCUUAAGUGAUUCAGUUGUUGCAAUUGGAAAUGGGCUUAUCAAUAUGUACGCUAAAUGUGGUGCCAUUUCUGAUGCUAGGUCAGUUUUUAGAUUUAUGCCUAACAAAGAUUCAGUCUCGUGGAAUACCAUGAUUUCUGGUCUUGACCAGAAUGAAUGUUUUGAAGAUGCAGUCACGACCUUUUGUUCAAUGAGAAGAAAUGGAUUGAUUCCUUCAAAUUUCACUUUAAUAAGUACUUUGAGUUCAUGUGCAAGCUUGGGUUGUAAACCACUUGGAAAACAAAUACAUGUUGAGGGUGUGAAACUGGGACUUGAUCUUGAUGUUUCUGUUUCAAAUGCUCUUCUUGCAUUGUAUGCUGCUAUUGGAUGUCUAACUGAAUGCCAGAAAGUUUUCUCAUUGAUGCCUGACCAUGAUCAAGUUUCAUGGAAUUCUAUGGUUGGAGCAUUCGCUGAUUUAGAGGGAUCAGUUCCUGAAGCAGUUACAUAUUUUCUGGACAUGAUGAGAGCAGGAUGGAGGCUCAACAGGAUAACCUUUAUAAACAUUCUUGCAGCAGUUUCAUCUCUUUCACUCAGCAAAUUGGGUUGUCAGAUACAUGCUUUGGCGAUUAAAUACCAUGUUGUGGCAGACAGUGCUAUUGAGAAUGCUCUUUUGGCUUGUUAUGGAAAAUGUGGAGAGAUGGAACAAUGUGAGAAAAUCUUUUCCAGAAUGUCUGAGAGAAGGGAUGAAAUUAGUUGGAAUUCCAUGAUAUCUGGUUACAUACAUAAUGAAUUAUUACCCAAUGCCAUGAAUUUGGUUUGGUUUAUGAUGCAAAGGGGUCAUAGACUGGAUGGUUUCACCUUUUCCACUGUUCUAAGUGCUUGUGCCUCCAUUGCGACAUUAGAGCGUGGAAUGGAAGUACAUGUUUGUGCAAUAAGAGCAUGUCUGGAAUCUGAUGUUGUAGUUGGGAGUGCGCUUGUUGAUAUGUACUCAAAAUGUGGUAGGAUAGACUAUGCCUCACGAUUUUUCAGCUUGAUGCCUAUAAGGAAUGUCUAUUCUUGGAAUUCAAUGAUAUCAGGCUAUGCACGUCAUGGACAUGGGGACAAAGCUUUGAACCUCUUUACACAUAUGAAGCUUGACGAUCAAUUACCAGAUCACAUAACAUUUGUUGGUGUCUUAUCAGCUUGCAGCCAUGUUGGAUUGGUUAAUGAAGGAUUCAAGCAUUUCAAUUCCAUGAGCAAAGUAUAUAAUUUGGUGCCUAGGAUAGAGCAUUACUCCUGUAUGGUAGAUCUCCUUGGGCGGGCUGGUGAACUUGAUAAGAUGGAAAGCUUCAUCAAUAACAUGCCAAUGAAGCCUAAUGUUCUUAUUUGGAGGACAGUUUUAGGGGCUUGCUGCCAUGCAAAUGGACAGAAGACAGAUUUAGGUAGAAAGGCUGCUGAUAUGCUUUUUGACUUUGAACCUCAAAAUGCUGUGAAUUAUGUGCUUUUGGCUAACAUGUAUGCUUGUGGGGGGAAGUGGGAACAUGUGGCAGAGGCUAGGAUGGCAUUGAGAAAGGCAGGAGUUAAGAAGGAAGCAGGCUCUAGUUGGGUCACCAUGAAAGAUGGCAUCCAUGUAUUUGUGGCAGGUGACAAAUCACACCCAGAUAAAGAUUUAAUCUAUGACAAGCUCAAGGAGCUUAACAGAAAAAUGAGGGAUGCUGGAUAUGUACCGCAGACAAGGUAUGCAUUAUAUGAUCUUGAACAGGAGAAUAAGGAAGAACUCCUGAGUUAUCAUAGUGAGAAACUAGCUGUUGCUUUUGUUCUCACUCGCAAUUCAGGAUUGCCUAUUAGGAUAAUGAAAAACCUUCGCGUUUGUGGUGACUGCCAUGAUGCUUUCAAGUACAUAUCAAAGAUUGUUGAUCGACAAAUAAUACUGAGAGAUUCAAACAGAUUUCACCAUUUUGAAGAUGGCAAGUGUUCAUGUGGAGAUUACUGGUAAUUGAUGUGGUUCUCAAUUUAGGCAUAGUUGAUCGUUUCUUACCAAUUGGGGGAGCAUUCGACGUUAUAGGCAACAUUUUGGUCUAACUGCCAAACUUUUGGAAGCCAAAACUUUGUAUUCUUUUUCUUUCUACUCAGUCAUAGAUGUUCACUCCCAUGAUUAUUGCCC